GUUAAAUCAUGACGUCAUUGAUCUUCAGGUCGGAAAAGUUGGAGUUGUUUUUCCAGCCCGAGUUCCAUAGUUGGAAUUUGGUUUGAUGACUGUUCAAAUCGUUUUUUUCCAGUCGAGCUCGUUUUUUUUCAGAGUUCCCAGUUGUUUGAAACCCACUGAAAGUCGGAAGUCGAAGAUUUCCGAGUUCCGAGCUCACAGUUCUUUUGAACGCGGCAUAGACUAUUGUUUAUUAUCACCUUCCGGAUUCUUAGAAACUUCCCCUGUUACAGAUGCGCCAUCGACGUAUCCGUUCAAUGGAGGAACCAUUAUUUUCUGCUUACGGGGAUUUCGUCGACUGGUCUGUCCAAACUGCUUGGGAACAGAAUGACGCCGAGGUGGACAGUGCGUUUGGAGACUGGAGUUCUGCCUGUAAUGGCAACAAGUCGGAUGCAGUUGAAAGAUCUUCAUCUCCGUCUUCACCCAUGGACAUGGACAUCUCUAAACUCUCAACAAAGCUGGAGGAUGGCAAUGUGAAGAAAUCAUGUGUAGUUUUCCAGGAGUGCUUCCAGGUCUUGGGUGAAUCUAAAGAGACCAACUGUACUGUACGAUCUCUGUCCCAGCUGCUAGAAAACACACAGCCUUUUCAACCAACAGCUACAAUAUGUGACUGUGGCAGCUUGUGGAGCCAUCUGGUGGCUGAGCCCAGCAGGCUGAGGCUGUCAGAGACAAAGCCCAGUUUACACUGCCACAGCCACAGCAGAAUGGUUUCUGCCCUCAGAAUCACACCCUCAAAUUGCAUCUCUGACCAGUGUGAGUCUGUCUUUUUGGAAGAUCGUGAAGAAACUACAGAGACCUCUUGCCCCCCUGCUGCUGCUCUCAUCAAAACCAAGCUGCUGGCCCCCUCCUCCUGCCAUGGUGACACCCCAGCUUUCCUCUACCAAAUCUCCCAGCAGUGGCUGACUCAAUGCAGCAUCCAGCUGCAGCCUCAGCACCACAAGAAGCCUCCUGCACUGAACUAUGGAGAAGGAUAAGAUGAAGAUGCUGCUUAGCAUAGCCCUACUGUACUGUUGUAGAUGGAUGAAACGGGUUGGGUUGUUACCCGGGUGAGAACAAAGUAUACACUUUUCGCAACAUUUUAUUUAUACAGAUUGUAAAGGAAGUACAUCCUAUGAUAUUGUGUAUUUAGUAUGCAGGCGUUUUCCUGGUUUUAUAUAUAAUAUUUUGAUACGGAGUGCAGUUACAGUGAUACUCUAAAAUGUUCUGUAAAUGUAUUGAGUUAUUUAUUCAGUGUAACACCUGUUUUAUACCACUAUUGUCAAGAGCAGAGGGAACAAUGCAAAUCUUUGGAAGUCACAGCACUCCACUAGAGGGCAUACUGGCUUCCUCAUAAGUCCCAACCCCCAUUUUGCAAACAUACAGUGCGUUCAGAAAGUAUUCAGACCCCUUGACUUUUUCCACAUCUUGUUACGUUACAGCCUUAUUCUAGAAUUGAUUACACAUUUUUUUUCUCAUUAAUCUACACACACUACCCCAUAAUGACAAAGCGGAAACAGGUUUUUAGAAUUGUUGGCAAAGGUAUUAAAAACAGAAAUACCUUAUUUACUUAAGUUCAAAUCAAAUCAAACUUUAUUUGUCACAUGUGCCGAAUACAACAUGUAUAAACCUUCAUUGUUGAGGUGCAUGGUCUGAACACCUCAAGAAACAAGCUUUGUCCAUAUAUUUUGUUUUGUAGAAUACCCAACUCCAAGUCUCACUGUAGAAACCUGGCUUGCGAUCUAGGGCAGUGCAUGGAUCCCAGAAAAAAAGUAAUUGGGUGUGUCUUCCCACUGUGGAUACAUUUUUAUGGAAAUGUAGAUUGCUUGUGCUUUAACUAUUUAUGGCAUCACAUUAUUGGUGUCCUCCACUUCUUAAUAUUUCCUUAGUUUGGUCCUCUGUUUUUCUUAACUUGCCUUAAUACUCAAAACCAUAGACGUGUCAUGUCAUUGGCCAUUUUGUAAGUAAUACUGCAGGGCAUCAUGGAGCUAAUCAGCACAAACCAGUAUAACAGAGAGGUUAUUACAUGUGUACAACUGCAUCUCAGACAGGUCUCUUACAUUUCAACCACCAAGAUUUGCUUUUCCAGACAGAGAAAACAAGAGGUUAGUGAAGGUGCACACUCCCA